AUGAGUUUCGUGCCCAUCAACCCGCGGCCUAUGCUGCAAGACCUCGUCAACAAGGACAUCGUCGUACGCCUAAAGUGGGGCGAGACCGAGUACAAGGGCAGGCUGGUGUCGACCGACAGCUACAUGAACAUCCAGCUCACCAACGCCCAAGAGUUCAUUGACCAGAAGUUCACAAGUGAUCUGGGGCAAAUCCUCAUCCGGUGCAACAACGUGCUGUGGAUCAAGGCCGCCGACGCCGGAGAGGGAGGAGACGUCACGAUGGAGGGCUGA